AUGCCUGCUCUUAUUCUUUCUCCAUACAAUGACUCCAUGCGCCUUGGCCAAGGUUACAAUUCCUUCCUGCAAACACCAUGCUUGGAGGACUCUGUUACCAUUCAGCAGGCUCCUGGCUCACAGGGUACUCGUCCCGAGAAUCAGUCCCAGACGGUCUCCUACUCAACUAGAUGCGUGGACCGGAUCUCUGAGGUUGUUCGCUUGAUGGGUGUCUCUGCUGGAUCAUCGAUCAAGAGCGGAUCAAUCGACAACUCGGGAGCCUUCACGAUCGAUGAGGUCAAAUUCGCAGAAAGUGAUCUGAAUGUGGUAGUUUCCGUCAAGGUGAUUAAUCAGAUACAACGUCACCGUGGGAGUGCUACCUUCAUGCCCAACGCGAAGAUUGGCGAGCUUACCGAAGCCGAAUUCCACGAAAUCUAUGGCGACUGCUUCAUCUCCGGCUUUCUCGAGGGGGGGGAGCUUCAUGGCAUCGUUUCCAUCCGAGUUCUAGAUUCUUCACGUCGAAAUGCUGUCAUUGCGGAGCUGAAAUCCCAUCUCAACACGACUUCGUCAGCCCCGGGAUGGUCGCUGGGGGAUACCAGCAAAAUCAGUUCCUACAUGAGUGAGACAGAGACCAAUAUCACUGUAAACUGGUCUGGCGGCGGAUUCAUCAAGCCCGAGCAGGAUGAAUGGGAUUUUGAUACCCUCAUUCGUGUCGCAAGCAGUUUCUCGCAUCGCGUGGCUCAGUGUCCUCAUAAGACCUGGGCUAUAUUGACGCGAUAUGACGCGCUGGAUAGUUUCAUUGAAUGGGCCAGGAUCCCUAAGAUCAAGAUCCGAAAAUAUGACAACAUACAAAGACAUGUUGCUGACCUUCUUGAUACUCAUCUUGAGUACAAAUCCAAUUUGGCUCGCCUGAACAACGCGCUUUCGAACCCGGAGAAAUAUAUUGCUGCCACUGGGGAGAAUGCAAUUCCCGUGACGAUUAAAUCUCUGGUGUUUGAACGGUCACGGCUCAAGCUGGAGAUGGAUUGCAUUGUGAAGGAGAUAGAAGACCUUGAUGCUGCUCCUGAGCAAGUCAAAAUGAUGGAACUCAAGCCGAGAGUGACAGCGCCGGAGAUCUGGCGCGCUCGACUGCCUGUGCUGAAAAAGCAUGAAAUGGAAACUCUGAGCUCCAUUGAUAACGAAGUAGAUUAUCUACGGGGACUUCCAUCCAUUCUAGGAGACAACGGCGAGCCAGAGAAUCAUCCGCUUGUGGAUCAUUACCAGGACCUCAAGGAACGAGGAACAUCUUCUGUUACGGGAACUCCAGCUGUCAAGCCAGCUGAGAAAUCCGUCGAGCAGCCCAUUGAGACAGGUUUAUCUCAGCACGCUCCUCCUCCGUCAUUUGAGUCAGCCUCCGUUACCCUCUGUGACCCAGCAAUCCUAUCUCACCUCAACCAAAAUGAGGUCGACUUCGUGACCAGUGCCAAGAAUGCGGAAUUAUACAAAGCAUUCUACUUCGGUCGGCCUGUGGGAAAUCUCUACGGUGGCAGUUUCUUCAACGAUGCCCCUGAUCUGCUUAAUGCGGUAGGAGCCGAUGAAUGGCCCACCCGACUCGAGAUGGAUGCAACCAGUGAAAAUGUCGUCCAUCGUAUCAAAUUGGUCUACCCCAAAUUCACCUCGUCUCACGCAGCCGAGCAUUCACCCUUCAGUGCAGGAGGUGUUGCGAAUGUUCGAGAAACCCUUCCGGCAAAUGCGAAAAUUGUUGAGAUUCGCUUUACCGAGCGGUUGACAUAUGUUGCAGUGGAGUUGAGCAAUGGCCGCAAAUAUGCUUGUGGUACUCGCCCUUCGAAUGCUGCGGCACUGAUAACUUUUUCUGUACCUGAAGGCUUCAAAGGAUUGAAGGGUUUCUGGGGCCGAGAGGGUCACUCUUUGGAGAGAAUUGGUCCUAUCUGGGGCUAG